UCGAUUUAAUAUGUUAUACAUCCAUAAAGUAAAAAUCUUUCACUUCUAAAAGAGUUGUAAAAUUUCUGUGUAGAAGACGUAUACUUAAACAGAUAAAAAGUAUAAGUAUAAAAAAAUAUAUACGAAUUCUCAACGAUGGCUUUGGCCAAAUACUUAAAUCGCUCCGUAGCGAGAAUCUGCACACUGAAGCCCAUGGAGGCCGAGCAUAGUGCCAUACACUUGGUCAGUGGUGACAAUGUACUGGGACGCUGCAAGGAGACUGGAAUCCGUGAUGCACGCUGCUCCAAGAAACAGCUUCGAUUGCAAGUGAAUUUAGAACUUGGACGCAUUCAGUUGAAGGUAUUGGGUGUCAAUCCUUGUGGCAUUAAUGGCGCCAUGGCUAUGUAUCACACGGAAUGUGAGCUUAGGCAUGGUGACCUAUUGGAAAUUGUUUAUGGCCGUCAUCCAUACGAGGUGGUGUUUAACCCAGCACCAGAGCUUCAGAAAGACAGCGCAGAGACCACCACAGAGCAGCGAGCAUCCAUUGGAAUGGACAUUGCCAUAAAGGAAGAGAAAUGGGAUUCUGUCGCAAAUGGUAAAAUGUUAAUCUAUAACAGCGCUGGUUUGACUCCUUCCAGUAAGAUAGCUGCCUAUGAUAUGGAUGGCACUAUUAUUAAGACAAAAUCGGGAAAUGUAUUUCCGAAGAAUACUGAUGAUUGGCAGAUCAUAUAUCCCGAGGUGCCACAGAAGCUACAACGUUUGCAUAAGGACGGAUUCAAGAUUUGCUUUUUCACCAAUCAGGGUGGCAUUGCGCGUGGCAAAGUCAGUCUCGACGAUUUUAAGGUGAAAGUCAAGAAUAUAGUUAAGAAGUUGGGUGUACCGGUGCAGGUGUUUAUUGCUAUAGGCGAUGGUUACUAUCGCAAGCCGCUACCAGGCAUGUGGAAGCAUCUGCUCAGUGAGAUGAAUGAGAGCGUCGCCAUUAAACUGGAUCGUUGCUUCUUCGUUGGCGAUGCAGCUGGCAGACCAGAGACAGGCAAAGGCGCUACUAAACAACGGAAGGAUCAUUCCUUAGCAGAUCGUCUAUUUGCCACAAAUGUGGGAGUCUGUUUCUACACGCCCGAGUCGCAUUUUUUGGGUAAACGAGCAGAGCACUGGAACAAACCAGACUUCGAUCCCAGCAGUGUGAACGAUCAAAUUGCACAGUUUGAACCCGAUGAUGUUCAGUUUAAUACGAGCAAAUGCGAGAUGAUUAUUAUGGUUGGUCUUCCGGGUUCUGGCAAGAGUCACUUCUGUGCCGAGGUGCUUGGAAGCAAAGGCUACAAAAUCAUAAAUGCAGAUACUUUAGGUACCACACAGGCAUGCCUAAAUGCUUGUCAGCGUGCACUAAUCGCUGGUAAGUCAUGUGUAGUGGAUAAUACCAAUGUGGAUGUGGCAUCACGCAGGAGGUUUUUGACCCUGGCUAUGGAGAAGCAAAUUCCGUGUCGUUGCUUUGUUAUGAAUGUGUCAGUAGCGCAGGCAAAACACAAUAUUGCUUAUCGAGAACUCUUGGAAACUGAUCAUUCUUCCAUUAAUGAUAUGGUAUUCAACAUGAUGAAGAAGAAAUAUCAAACGCCAACUAUGGAUGAAGGGUUUGUCACAAUUCACAAAGUGAAUUUUAAGCCAAGCUUUUCCAGUGAGGAUGAUGAGAAAUUAUACAAAAUGUAUUUGGUAGAGAAGUAGCCAUUAGCGUUUAAUCCA